AUGUUACAUCAGGGUCUUGCGGAGGAGAACGUCUCCCCCGCCUUUGUGGAAUGGUGGACCAGUUGGUGCUGGGCCUGCGUUAUGUCUGUGAUUCGGCUUGGAUGCGGCGCCCUUGGUGUCCAGGGUGUCGAUGUCAGCGGUGACGCUUCGCCGUUUGCUCUGGCUUCAGUGCUGGUCGGCAGACCAGGCUUCCAAGUAGGCUCUUCAGGAACUGCCCUUUACUGGGGACCCGUCCGUGGCAGCCAAAGUCUGCCAGACGCGCCGGCAAGCCCCAGUCCGCAUGAAGGUCGGGCCCCGACUCCGGGUCCCGGGGUGGGGGGCCGCCUUCGGCUCUUCGCGGAUUUUUGGCUGUCCCACGUCUCCGACUCUGGGGUCCGGGGGCUGGUUUCUUCGGGCUACAAGAUCGAGUUUCUGUCCCGUCCGGGCAACCGUUUCUUCCCAUCCAACACGCGACUAUCCCCUUCGCGGGUCGUUGGUCGCCGGAGGGGUCCCGUCUGUCGAUUAAUUGUGUUGGAACUUCGGGCGAUUCGCCUAUCUCUUCUUCAUUGGUCGGCCCGGCUCCUGGGUCUGGCGGUCCGGGUCCAGUCGGACGACGCCACCGCGGUGGCGUACAUCAACCACCAGGGCGGCACGAGAAGCGUGGCCCGGGUCGAGAGGUGUUCGGGAUUCUGUCCUGGGCGGAACAUCGAGUUCUGGCUCUCUCGGCGAUCUACAUCCCGGGAGUGGACAAUUGCAACAGGAUCCACAGCAUUAGACCUAUUCAAAUUCUAUGUGGAGGGUCUGAAGGCUCGGUACCAUGAUGAGAAAAAGAUCAUCAAAGAUAUUUUAAGGGACAAAAGUUUUGUAGUUGAGCUUCGGACAAGUUUUGAAGAUUUUGUUACGGUUAUCAGCUCAACAAAAAGAGCCACUACAUUAGAUGCUGGGAAUAUCAAACUUGCUUUUAACAGUCUUUUAGAGAAAGCAGAGGCCCGGGAGCGAGAACGUGAGAAGGAAGAAGCUAGGAAAAUGAAAAGGAAGGAAUCUGCUUUCAAGAGUAUGUUAAAACAAGCAGCCCCACCUAUUGAAGCGGACUCUUUAUGGGAAGAGGUUCGGGAGAGGUUUAAUAAGGAGCCGGCAUUUGAAGAUAUCACACUGGAAGCAGAACGGAAAAGGAUAUUCAGAGAUUUUGUUCAUACCAUAGAGCAUGAAUGUCUGCAUCAUCAUUCGAAAAACAAGAAACACUCAAAGAAAUCAAAGAAGCAUCAUCGAAAGAGGUCUCGCUCGCGUACAGGCUCUGAAUCCGAGGAUGAAGAGGAGAACCACACAAAAAAGAAAAGGCAAAGAUCGGACUCCCGGUCAGGCUCCGAACAUUCCUCCAGUGGAGAAUCAGAAAAAAGUUAUAAAAAGUCAAAAAAGCACAAAAAGAAGAAUAAGAAGAGGAGACAUAAAUCUAAUUCUCCGGAUUCUGAAGUAGAGAAGGAGAGAGAUAGAAAAGACAGAGACAAGGACGACAAGGAACGAUCGAGGCAGAAGGAAUCAAAACAGAAAUCUCCAAAAAGGAAAGCGACAAAGGAAAAGGAUUCUGCUAACUGGGACACAUCCGGAAGUGAAUUAAGUGAAGGGGAGUUGGAGAAGAGAAGACGGACCCUCCUGGAGCAGCUGGAUGAUGAUCAAUAAUAUCUGCUAACCAAAUACGUUUACAAUAAAAUGUGACAUCUUUUUAGUUGCUAGCAGGAAAUUCUACUUUUUCCAUUCACUGAAAUGUUCACACUCUGUAAAAUAAUAGUACUCCCACUCAAAGGAUUCUCUCCAUUGGAGGAGAUGCGGGCCUCUUUGCAGAGUGUUGUAAAUUUUAACAUUAUUUUCAAAGAGUUGCCUUAAAACCUUUGAACAGAAUGUGCCACACGAAUUCCUGCGUACCUUGUGUAGACCAUACACCAUGAUCUCUGCUGGGCUGUGAGAGGGCAGCAAAGGGGGACUGAAAUGUAUGUCUGAUUUAAACAAAAUCCUAUUUUUUUAUAUUGUUUUAUUUACAGCCUCUGUCCACUUCAGUCCAGUAAAAAAAAAAAAAAAAUCUUUUUUUUUCUCCCCAUCCAUCAUUCGUGGCACAUGCGCUCCUGACUGGGAUAUUUUUGUACAUUUUUAUGAAGUAUUAAAACCUUGUCUUCU